UGCUUCUAAAGAUCGUACUUUGGAGAGUUUAUGAAAAUGGGUGGGAAAAGCAAAAUUGAAAUCUUACUUCAGCUACAAAAUGCUCUAUGGCGACGCCAUAUCUCUUCUUCCUCAUCUCUGUUCUUUCUUCGCCGUGUUUUACCUCCAGAGAAGCCGGAUCAUAAGAACAACAUCACACUCCCUGGGUUUCGCUUUCUAGGUGUUAAUCAAGCCACGCACUUUCUUCAUUCUCUUGCUGCUCCCGGCGCAAGUUCCAACGACAAUGUCAAGCAAUCUACUACUGCUGUUGAUGAUGUUCAUAACAUCAUUAAGAAUCACCGCGGAAGUUCAUCUGAAGAGAUUGAGCGGAUUCUCGGUAAGUGCGGGAUUGGGUUAACGGAGGAGCUGGUUCUAGGAGUGCUUAAUUGGAAUCGAUCUGAUUGGAGACCGGCUUACUUACUUUACCAAUUGAUCAUUCAACAAUCUGUUUACCUAUCUAGCUCCUUGGUGUUUAACGAGAUUCUCGAUGUUCUUGGUAAAAUGCGGCGCUUUGAAGAGUUCCACCAACUGUUCGACGAAAUGUCUAGUAGAGAUGGGUUUGUUGACGAGAAGACAUAUGACGUUUUGCUCAACCGAUACGCUGCUGCGCACAAAGUAGAUGAAGCCGUAGGAGUCUUUGAGAGGAGGAGAGAGUUUGGGAUAGAGGAUGAUCUGGUUGCAUUUCAUGGGCUUUUGAUGUGGUUGUGUAGGUAUAAGCAUGUCGAAUUUGCAGAAACCUUGUUGUCCUCUCGUAGAAGAGAGUUUGGUUGCGAUAUAAAAGCCAUGAAUAUUAUUCUCAAUGGUUGGUGUGUUUUGGGAAAUGUUCAUGAAGCUAAGAGGAUUUGGAAAGAUAUCAUUGCUUCUAAAUGUAGGCCAGAUGUUGUCAGCUAUGGAACAAUGAUAAAUGCGUUGACGAAGAAGGGGAAAGUGGGAAAGGCCAUGGAGCUAUACAGAGCAAUGUGGGAAACCGGACGAAACCCCGAUGUUAAGAUCUGCAAUAACAUCAUUGAUGCUUUGUGUUUCAAGAAGAGAAUCCCAGAGGCUCUUGAAGUAUUCAGAGAGAUGGGUGAGAAGGGUUGCUUGCCUAAUGUUGUGACCUAUAACUCGCUUUUGAAGCAUCUAUGCAAGAUUAGGAGAACAGAGAAGGUUUGGGAGCUUGUGGAAGAGAUGGAACAUAAAGGUAGUUGUUGUUCUCCCAACGAUGUGACAUUCGGUUACUUGCUUAAGUAUUCGCAGAAGCCUAAGGAUGUUGAGGCCGUUUUGGAGAGGAUGAGAAAGAACAGGUGUGAAAUGACAAGCGACUUGUACAACUUGAUGUUUAGGCUAUAUGUUCAAUGGGAAAAUGAAGAUAAAGUGAGAGAGAUAUGGGGGAAGAUGGAGAGAAGUGGAUUAGGACCAGAUCAGAGAACAUAUACGAUUAGAAUCCAUGGUCUGCAUACAAAGGGAAAAAUUAAAGAAGCAUUAAGUCACUUUCAAGAGAUGUUGUCAAGAGGAAUGGUGCCAGAGCCAAGAACUGAGAUGUUACUUAACCAGAACAAGACCAAGCCAAGAGUAGAAGACAAAAUGUUUAGCUCGAACUUAACAAAAGAAGAGUCUGAAAGCGACUAAAUGUACAUUAUAAAGAAAACAGAUUUUGAUUUUGAAAGAUCUAGUAACAAAAACAAAUUUCCAUUA